UCAGAACCAUAUACCUCACCCCAUGGAACUUCCGUAUAAAGUGCCUUAAGCCCGUCGGUUGUCCCUGACGAAUGCUCAUCAGGGUUUAAGGGUUUUAAGGGUUUAAGCUCUGCGCAGAGAGAGAGAGAGAGAGAGAGAGAGAGAGAGAGAAGAUACCGGGGAGAAGACGAAGAUGAUUACUCGUAGAGCCCUAAUUUCUCUGAAACAACAAGUUGAGGCGGCUGCUCGCAAGACGAAGCCAGUAAUCUCUCGUUCCUCCACUUCAACCCACUCGUCAACGAGCCCGAACCUUAGUUUGUUUACUUCUUCAUCGCUUCCUCAGAACCGGAGGCGAUUCCCUCUGAGAUAUCUGUUCUCAUCUUCAUCUCCAUGGGUUUCUGUUGCGAGUAACAUAAUUGAUAAUGGGGUCUUGGUAGUUAGGGGAUUGGCGACCAGAUCGAUGGAUUCAUCGGCAAACAGGCCUCCGAAAGAAACAAUUCUUCUGGAAGGAUGCGACUUCGAGCAUUGGCUUGUCGUCAUGGAGCCUCCCGACCCUAGCCUCAUCCGUGACGAUAUCAUCGAUAGCUAUAUCAAAACCCUGGCUCAGGUUGUUGGCAGUGAAGAGGAAGCUCGGAAAAAGAUCUACUCAGUUUCCACGAGGCAUUACUUUGCCUUUGGAGCUCUUGUUUCAGAAGAACUAUCAUAUAAGAUUAAGGAACUGCCAAGGGUUCGCUGGGUUCUUCCUGAUUCUUAUUUAGAUGUUAGAAACAAGAGUUAUGGAGGGGAGCCUUUUAUUAAUGGGCAAGCUGUACCAUAUGACCCCAAGUAUCAUGAGGAAUGGGUUCGGAAUAAUGCCCGUGCAAAUGAAAGAUCAAGGCGUAAUGAUAGGCCAAGGAAUUUCGAUAGGUCGAGGAACUUUGAGAGGCGAAGGGAAAACAUGAUGAACAGGGAUAUACCACCACCUCCGGCACCCCCACCGGCACAAAAUCCUGUCCAGACCCAGGGUAAUCCAAACCGGGAUAUGCCACCUCCAGUGCAGAAUCAUGAUUUUAAGAACAAUUACACACCACCUCCAGUGCAGAGUCGUGAUUUCCAGGGUAGAGACAUGAACAUGCCACCUCCUGCGCAGAAAUGGAAUUCCCAGACUAAUGUGCCACCACCUGCUCAGAAUUGGAAUUCCCAGAGCAGCAUGCAACCACCUGCACAGAAUUGGAAUUCCCAGAAUAGGGGCAUGCCACCUCCACCCCAAAAUUGGAAUGCCCAGAGUAACAUGCCACCUCCACCACAAAAUUGGAAUGCCCAGAGUAGGGACAGCCCUCCACCACAUUCCCAGCAGAGGGACACAGGCAUGGCAUCCCCAACACAAAAUUGGAAUUCCCAGGAAAGGGAUGUGAACAUGGGACCUCCAACACAGAGUUGGAAUUCACAGGGUCGGGACAUGAACAUGCCACCUGCAACGCAGAAUUGGAAUCUGCAGAGCAGGGACUUCCCAGCAACCAAACAGAACCAAGAUUUCCAAAGUCAGGGCAUACGAGGUACAACUCAGAAUUGGGAUGCCCAGACUACAGGGAUUGGAAAUGCUCUAAAUGUAAAUUAUCAAAGUAGGGACCCAGGCAUGGGAGGAGGUUUUCCAAACCGAGACCAAAUGAGGGAUACACCUACUAAUAUGGUCAUGGGCAAUGUACAGAGUAGAGACUACCAAAGCAGGGACAUGCCUGGUAAUUCUGGCAUCAACAUGGAGAACAAAGAUCAUCAGGAAUGGGACAGACCAAGCAAUAUGAAUAUGGGGAAUACCCCAAGUAGAGACCACCAAACGCGGGAUAUGCCGGAUGAAAAUUAUGAACAUGUGGCGAAUAGAAGCUUUUAAUUUUCUGAAGACAAUUUUUUCAAUUGUUAGAUGUUGGUGUGUCAGAACUUCUUUGCAUGAGGCUAUGGCUUGUUCUCUUGGUGGUAAGAGUCACCAUUCAAGUUGCAGGUUUGGUGCCAGGCAGUCAUGCAUCCUAAGACCUCUUUAUUAGGUUUAGCACUAAUUUAUAUGAAAAUUUGGGCAUUGUGGCAUCUCAGUCAUACUAGUUGAUGAUAUAUCAUAUUGUCUGCUAAGAAGGUUACUUUUUGGCCAUGAACUCUUGGUGAAUGGUAGUAAACUAUUACCAAUGUACCAAUAUUUUAGCUUUCAUUUUUAUAUUAAUUUUUUUUUUUCAUUGCCCAA